AUUUACGUCACAUUCUGCGUUCUCUCAUCUGUCUUCGAUUCGUUCGAAAUAAGUUGUCGUGAUUUUUCUACGCUGUCUUUCGUUAUAAUAACGUUAUUAAUUUUCUUUCUUAUUCAUUAAUUUAUCUUUCUUAUCGCAUAAAAAUCAUAAGUCUUAACGAUGACUAACAUUGUUAAAAGAAACGAUGAAGUUCUCGUAUUGUUAGGCGAAGAGGUUACUUCCGAUGGAUUAUCUGAUUUUAUUGCAAAGAUUAAAACUCUUGUCGGAAAGGUUGAUCAAGUGUCAAUUAUCAACUUAAAGGAAUUAAAAAAGUGUAACUAUAACAGAUCUUCUAUCGAUGUGAUUUUAUUCGUUCUUAAACAAUCGUCUUUAAAUGAUAAUGAAGUACUCGUAGAAUUGUUAAAAUUAUUAAAACAAAGUGGUAAACUAGUAAUCUAUGAGUCUCUUUUAUUAGAGAAAAAAUCAGAGAACAGCGUUACUUUUAAGGAAAGAUUAUCUAGAUUAAAGCUCGCUGGUUUUCUUAUAAAUGAUACAAAUCCAAGAAAAGUAAACAAAGAAACUGAAGAACUUUUAUCCAAGAUAUUUGAAAAUGUUGCCGACACGUGUGAGAUAAUAGCACAGAAACCAUCUUUUGAGAUUGGAUCUAGUGUGGCUUUAAAUUUAAAACAAAAACAAAGUAAUAUAUGGAAAUUAGAUAAUGCCGUUGAAGAUGACUUGAUAGAUGAGGAUGAACUUUUAGAUGAAGAUGAUAUUGUCAAACCUGAUAUCACCAGUUUAAAAGUAUGUGGUACAACGGGUAAAAGAAAAGCAUGUAAAGAUUGUACAUGUGGAUUAGCGGAAGAGUUAAAUGGUAAACCAGAAGAACAAGGAAUUCAAAAAUCAUCGUGCGGAAAUUGUUAUCUAGGUGAUGCUUUUCGUUGCGCAAGUUGUCCUUAUCUUGGUAUGCCAGCAUUUAAACCUGGAGAGAAAAUUGUUUUACCUGAAAGUCAGCUAAUUGCUGAUGCAUAAUAUAAUUUAUUCUAUGAUAUUUUUUAAUUGCUAUAGAAGUAAUAAAUUUAUCUGUGUGUUAAAUAUUUCAAGUCAUUGGUAUAGUAUACUUGAUUGGUGGUUAUAGUAUACUUAAACAUUAGUUUCUCUUUCUAGUUCAUAUUUAAUAAGAAAAUCUAUAAAAAUAAAUGAAAAUUAUUUUCUGUGGAAAAGGAGAAAUAUAAAUAAAAAAUAAUCAACGAUCCUUAAGAGAUAGCAUAUUUUAUUCCACUUCUUCUGUAUACAAUAGUAAUUUGCAUAAUAACCAUUAUGUAAGCACGUUCAAUAUGCAAAAUGUUUAAUGUAUAAGGCAUACCAUUUUUCAUGAAACAGCCAUUUUUAUCACUGAAUGUAUUCCCAUUUUGUAUGCUAACUUAUGUUGACUUUAACUUAAGUACCAUUUAAAUAUAUUUUAAAUAUUUUGUGACCCAGCAUAAGUUUUUCUUUUUUACGAUAGGAAAAAAAAAAAAAGAAGUUUACCCCCCUUUUUCAGCAAUUGUAAUUAGAUACCCUACUUGUAGAUGAUAUUUAAUAUAAUACACAAACAUAUUGCAUAUAAUGUACCGACAUGGUUUUCUUUACUUAAGGAACAUAUCCCUUUCACCAUAAAUCCACUAUCCUUUCUCUGAGGAUGAGUGUGUGGGAGAGGGCUAUUUUCCGCAUACUAUACUUAAUUGCACCUUACAUUUCUAUAAAUGAUUGUUUUUCUAUAAUAGUGCACGUUGUUAGCAUAAAAUUACACUAUAAGCAUAAAAGCAAAGAUCAUAGGUUUAUUAGUGUAGUACCUAUCGUAUACAGGAACAGAAAUAAAAUCGUCAUGUAUCGUAAUUUGUUUGUUUUCAUGACGACAGGAACAUUAUUCCGUGUUUUAAAGGGUAACGUAAACGCUAUUAAGUCAUAACUACGUAUAUUAUAUUAUUCAUUGGUUUGUACCGAGUAAAAAUCGUCAAAAAAAGCUAACGAAAUAAAGACAUUAAUAUUUCAUUUCAUUGAAA